AUGCUCAACUGUGCUCGAUGGAACAGAUUUCUAGAUGAACAUCCGGCCAUAUUAAGAGUGUGGAAUCACCCAAUCACGGAGUUUCUAAAAUCGCAAUGGUUUUUCUAUGUGCUAGCAAUAUUCAUUGUCAUCGCAAGGUUUGCUCCUAAUUUUGCUAGAGAUGGUGGCCUUAUAAAGGGCGAGUACAGUAUUGGUUACGGUGCUGUUGCGUGGAUCUUUUUACAAAGUGGAUUGAGCAUGAAAACAAGCCGGUUAAUGGCAAACAUGACUAAUUGGCGCGCACACCUCACCAUCCUUGUUCUUAGCUUUUUAGUAACAUCUUCAAUUGUUUAUGGUAUUUGUUGUGGAAUAAAAGCGGCAAAUGACAAAAACAUCGAUGACUGGGUUCUUAUCGGGCUUUUGAUGACUGCCGCAUGCCCUACAACUGUUGCCUCAAAUGUUUUAAUGACCACAGAAGCUGGAGGCAACGAUUUAUUAUGUGUUUGUGAGGUAUUUAUUGGUAAUUUACUAGGUGCUUUCAUAACCCCUGCAUUAUCUCAGUUGUAUACCGACAGAGCACCAUUUGAAUAUGGUAAUCCUGCUAAUGGUAAUAGUAUUGGGUCCUUGUAUGGGAGAGUGAUGAAGCAAGUAGGACUUUCCGUUUUUGUUCCACUGACAGUGGGACAAAUAGCACAGAAUAUGCUACCUAAACCAACCAAGAUCUAUCUUGAUUUCCUAAAGAAAUACAAACUCAAAAUCGGAUCAUAUAUGCUUUUACUUAUUAUGUUCAGCUCGUUUUCUACAGCAUUUUACCAAAGGUCCUUCACAAGCGUUCCUCAUGCCACUAUAAUAUUUGUAUGUUUUUUCAAUCUGGGUAUUUAUCUGUUUUUCACGCUUAUAUCAUAUGCCAUGGCUAGACCAUUUUUUAUUCCCAUAUUGUUCAAUGAAGUUCCUGAUGAAUCCUCAUCCAAAUUUUAUACAACGAUGUACAAAAUUUUCAGACCCUUUUACUAUAAUAAACGAGACACAGUUUGCAUAUUAUUUUGUGGGCCCGCCAAAACUGCUGCAUUAGGUGUGUCACUAAUUACUUCCCAGUACGGUGAUAACAAAAGCCAUCUAGGUAAACUGCUAUUACCAUUGGUGCUUUAUCAAAGUAUUCAAGUCCUUACUGCGAGCCUAUUAGUUUUACCACUUAGAAAGUGGUGUGCUGACGAACAACCGGAUAUAACACCUAUUGAAUCAACUGAUAAGAAAGCUAUAGAACAGUAUAUGCUCUCUUCAUCUAGAGGAAGCUCUGAUAUUGAAAAAAACGAUUGCAUUGAUGAAAAUGCAGCUUAA